AACGCACUUGACAAGAGCGUGAAAGGCGCACUUAAAAAAGACCAUUGGAAUUCGGCAGACAUUGUAUCGCCAAGUUGAAAUGGUAUCAUAUGACGCAAAUGUUAGUUGGGAACUGAUGACUGGAUUUGUAGAACUACAAGAUAACGAUGAAUUAUAGUUUUGAAAAGAGCCGGCAAUGCAUGAACGCGUGUGUGUGAGAGACAGGAAAGUAAAUGGAAAAAUAAAAAAGUGCCUCCAUCCCGCAACGUGUGAAAGAGCGGCGGUCAAGUGUGCGCAACUCGCAGUCAGUGAUAGUGCCAGGGGCGUGGCGAUCUCGGGCUGCCUGAUGACUUGAUGGGUUCAACCAUGCAUACUCACACAAUGUGAUAGCAGCGAUGGCUGGGAAUGAGAAGCAAAGCUUUGCGGAAUCCUGGCUCCAAGUUCAAUUCGUCCCUAAGAUCUAGGUUUUUUUUUUUUUGGAAAGACUGCUCCCUACUCUCAUAUGCGAAGAAGGUUGUUCUUGAAUAAGUUGGCCUGGGCUGCUUCCAGAGGAGUUUGGUAAGCUGGCAAAGCUGCUGUGAUUGGGAGUAGGGAAGGGGGAGGGCGACAUCCUAGGAAAGAAAGUCUGUCUGCUAUCCAACGCACUCAAAAUAUGGCAUCAAAAGCAGCCGGAUAUUAUGUGCUACUGUAUAGCUAACUGUUUGGCAUCCCCAGAUCGAGGCUACAAAUUUUAAACAAUGGGCGACUGGAGCUUUUUGGGCAGACUUUUGGAAAAUGCACAAGAACACUCGACGGUGAUAGGCAAAGUCUGGCUGACCGUGCUCUUUAUCUUCAGGAUCCUGGUUCUGGGGGCUGCUGCUGAGGAAGUUUGGGGAGAUGAGCAAUCCGACUUCACAUGCAACAUCCAGCAGCCUGGUUGUGAGAACGUCUGCUACGACAAGGCCUUCCCUAUCUCCCACAUUCGCUUCUGGGUGCUUCAGAUCAUCUUUGUGUCAACGCCGACCCUCAUUUACCUUGGUCAUGUUCUGCAUAUUGUGCGAAUGGAGGAGAAGAAGAAGGAAAAAGAAGCGGAGCUGCGCAAGUCACAAAGACAUCUGGAGGAAAAGGAGCUCCUCUUUAAAAAUGAUGGCGCAGCGGCAGGUAAAAAAGAGCGGCUUCCCAUCCGAGAUGAGCAUGGUAAAAUCCGGAUUAGGGGAGCGCUUCUGCGUACCUACGUCUUCAAUAUCAUCUUUAAGACCAUAUUUGAAAUUGGAUUUAUUGUAGGUCAGUAUUUUCUUUAUGGCUUUGAAUUGAAACCCCUGUACCGGUGUGCCCGGUGGCCGUGCCCCAACACUGUGGACUGCUUUAUUUCUCGUCCCACAGAAAAGACCAUCUUCAUCAUAUUUAUGCUUGUGGUGGCUUGCAUAUCACUUUUGCUGAAUUUGUUAGAGAUUUAUCACCUUGGCUGGAAGAAGAUAAAACAGGGAAUGACAAACGGGUUAUCCCCGGACCAGGAACCCCCUUGCCACAAGGUUGACCUGGAACCCAAUACCACAAGUCCCAGAACUGCCCCUGCCAGUCUUAGCUAUCCAUCUUAUUACACAGAGGUCGUUGCAGGGGGUCCACAAGAUUACCUUGAGGCCCCCACUGCAGAGUUCAAGAUGGCACCGCUCUCAGUGGACCAGCACCAAGCACCUCCCUUCUAUAUUAACAACAACAACCACAGGCUGGCCACGGAGCAGAACUGGGCAAAUCUCGCUACCGAGCAGCAGACUCGUGAGAGAAAGCCUGCCUCCCUUUCUGCCUCCACCACCAGCAGUGUCCACAACGAGCAACACCAGGACACGACUGCAGACGCCAGCAGCGGAAGUGCGAGUGGCCGGAAAAGCGAGGAGGACGAGUGUCACGUGACCACCACUAUGGUGGAGAUGCACGAGCCUCCCGCGCUCAGCGACGUCCGGAGAUUCAGCAGGGCGAGUAAAGGCAGCGGCAGCAAGGCCAGGUCUGAUGACCUCGCUGUUUAAUUUAUCUAAUGAAAUCCCGCUUUCAAGGAGUCAAGUAUUGGAGCAAAACAUUAUAUGAUGGAACCUUAAGGCAGGUUACUGGAACAGGGAUGCACAUCACCAAAUUUAAAAG